AUGGGCUGGCUUGAGAGCAAGAUCAAGCCCAAGACGGUCACCGCGAGAUAUCCUAUCAAGGGAGCUGCCUUGUUGUACGCCACUUGCGGAUUCGGCAGUCUUGGAGAUGCUUUGUUUGGUUACAACUCUGGUAUCAUGUCCGGUCUGCUCGUCAAUCCCGUCUUCAUCGCUCGCUUCUACAGAGACUACGGUGGUGCUGAUGGUACCACUGCCAACAUCAACCCUACCAUUACUGGUAUCUCAGUCUCUUGUCUGCAGCUCACCGCAGCAUUGGGCGCGCUCAUUGCUGGAAGACUCGGAGACAUGAUCGGCCGCAAGAAGUGUGUUCGAAUUGGAGCCUUCAUCUACUUUUUCACCGCCUUCAUCCAGAUGUUUGCAGGGGACUUUUCCACAUUUGUCGCAGGCAGGACCAUACAAGGCCUAGGCGUAGGCUUCCUAUCGAUGACAGUGCCUAUCAUCCAGACCGAAAUUGCGGCGCCCCAUGCCCGUGGACUUAUGGUCGGUAUUGAGUAUACCUUCCUCAUCGCCGGUUACAUGCUCUCUUGCUGGGUUGACUACGGCUUCAACUUCUUGCUGCCGAGCGACAUGAGUUGGCAAGGCCCGUUCAUCAUCCAGAUUGUCCUGUCAUUCGUACUUUUCGCAAUGUCCUUCUUCCUGCCCGAGACGCCCAGAUGGCUCGCCAAGAAUGGAUUCAUGAAGGAGAGUCUGCAGACUGUCGCCGAUCUUCACAGCAACGGCGACAUUGAGGCAGAGCAUGUCCAGCACGUGUUCCUCGAGAUCCAGGAGGCCGUCCGUUACGAAGCAAGUCUCGGAUCCGCAGGCUGGGGCGAGAUGUUCAUCACCUACAGAAAGCGCACGAUCGUAGGAAUCACGGCCCAAGCCUUUGCUCAAUUGAACGGAAUCAAUAUCAUCUCGUUCUACCUGCCCUCGACCCUUUCUGAUGCAGGCUUCGGCGAACGCAAGUCUCUUCUCUACACAGGCGCAAACGCCAUCCCAUACACAGCCGCUACCAUUGCAACCUGGUACCUUGCCGAUCACUGGGGUAGACGCCCUCUUCUUAUUCUUGGUGGCAUCUUGAUGGCAGUCCUUCUCGGUAUUGUCUGCGCUUUCACCGAAGCAGACCUUGGGGUCCAGACUCGUGCCAACGGUCAGUACGCAUUCGUCAUGCUCUACAACAUCGUAUACGGCUUCACCUGGGGUCCCAUGCCUUGGUUGCUCCCUGCAGAAAUCUUCCCUCUCCGCUCCAGAUCCAAGGGUAUGGCUCUGGCCACGUUCAGCAAUUGGAUUUUCAACUUCAUCAUCGGAAUGGUGUCUCCUGAUGCCUUUGAUGGUAUCCAUGGGUACUUUUAUGUCGUUAUUGGAGGGUUCUGUCUCUUCUCUGCCGGUUUGGCGUACUUCUACUACGUUGAGACUGCUGGACACAGUCUGGAGGAGAUUGCUGUCGCAUUCGGCGACAAGGCCUUCGUACACAACGACGAAGAAGUCAUGGCCCAGGCUUCAGGCGAUGUAACCAGUAUCCAUGCAGUCAAGGCCUAG